CCUGUCACUGUUGUUGCCACGCAGAGACCGAUUGGACGCACUCAAACGCUGCAAACUGAUGUUGCGUUGCAGUGAAGGAACCCCUGCUCCUGUGAUGUGGACCGUUCCUCCGUUCCUCCUCCACAUCCAGUCGAGGUGAGAGGGGUGCUCAGCGCCAGACGGACCAGAGCGGGUUAGUGUGGAUACGCAGCGGAGCGCACGGCUGAGGACUCUGUACAGCGCAAACUCCAACACAAAUGGAUAUUUACGUGGCUUUGUUAUCCCUUUUCUUUUUUACCAAACCAGCUUUGGCUUUCGGAUCAGAUCAAGACUACCAGAUUGAUAUCAUCAAUGAACUUGACCUGGCAAAUGCCACCUAUGGAAUUACCCAAGUGGCGGGGCUUCACAACAGCAGCAAAGCCUUCCUAUUUCGAGAUGUUGGGAGAGCAGUUCACGCCCCGGCACACAUCACAGAGAAAGUGGUGCAGCUGUUCAGGAGGAAAAGUGAGUUUACCUUCUUGGCCUCCAUCCAGCAGAAGUCCUCCACGUCAGGAGUCAUAUUCUCCAUCCACGAGUCAGAACACAGUUACUUUGAGCUGGAGAGCAGCGGGGUGAGAGAGGAGAUCCGCUACCACUACCGCUUCAAAGGCAAGCCGCGCUCCGAAUCCUUCCCCUACCGCCUCGCCGACGGCCAGUGGCACAAGAUCGCCCUCACUAUCAGCGCCACCCACCUACUGCUGCACGUCGACUGUAACAGGAUUUACGAGCGGGUGAUAGACCCUCCUCAGAUGGAGCUCACCCCAGGCAGUGGAGUGUGGUUAGGUCAGCACAGCCACAAGCAUGGCCUGUUCAAGGGCAUUAUCCAGGAUGUGAAGUUGAUUUUCGCUCCCAACGGCUACAUUACACAGUGUCCAAACCUUAACCGCACCUGUCCGACCUGCAGUGAUUUCCUGAGCCUGGUGCAAGGCAUCAUGGACCUUCAGGAGCUGCUGGCCAAGAUGACCCUGAAGUUGAACUACGCAGAGUCCAGGCUGACCCAGCUGGAGGGCUGUCACUGCGAGAGGACCUGCAGCGCCAACGGCCUUGUCUAUCGGGAUAAGGAGCUGUGGGUGGAGCCUGAGAACUGUAGGAACUGUGCGUGUAAGAAUGGUGUGGUGGAGUGUCGCAGGAUUUUCUGUCCUCCAGCAAACUGCUCCGAGGACUCGCUGCCUGUACACGUCGAUGGGACGUGCUGCAAGAAAUGCAGACCAAAAUGUACCUACAUGGGCCAGACCUUUUCUGAAGGCCAGCGCUUUUUAUCCAGGAGCUGCAAGGAAUGCAAGAGUGGCCUGAUGGUGAAAGUCACAGAAACUUGUCCAGAGCUCAACUGCACCGUCAGUGAACAGAUCCUACCAGAUGGCAGAUGCUGCAAUGUUUGCAGAGGUUACGACUUCUGCGCAGAGGGACUCAUUUGUGGAGAAAACUCUGAGUGUAAAAACCGGAAUACUAAAGCAGAGUGUGAAUGCAAGAGCGGCUAUGCCUCCAUCCAUGGGGAUUCUACUUACUGUGAAGAUAUUGAUGAGUGUGCCACCCAGAUGCAUUACUGCCAGUCCAACACGGUGUGUGUCAACCUGCCCGGCAGCCAUCGCUGUGACUGUCUGCCAGGCUUCAUCAGAGUGGACGAAUACUCCUGCACUGAGCAUGACGAGUGCGCCAGCGGCCAAAAUUUGUGUGAUGAGAACGCCAUCUGCACCAACACCAUCAGAGGACACCUGUGUACCUGCAAGCCGGGCUACGUGGGCAACGGCACCAUCUGCAGAGCUUUCUGUGAGGAGGGAUGCAGGAGCGGCGGGACCUGUGUGUCUCCCAACACGUGUGUCUGUCCCUCAGGAUUCACAGGACGCCGCUGUGAGACAGAUAUUGACGAGUGUGCAGAGGGCCUGAUUGAGUGCCACAACCACUCCCGCUGUGUCAACCUGCCCGGCUGGUACCACUGUGAAUGCAGAAGUGGUUUCCAUGACAAUGGCUCCUACCUGCUCGAUGGGAGCUCCUGCAUUGACGUCGACGAGUGCAGUUUGCAGACACAUACCUGCUGGAAUGACAGCGUGUGUGUGAACCUCCCGGGAGGCUACGACUGCGUGUGUACGUCUGGUCCAGGCUGCGGCGGCGACUGCCCACAGGAAGAUGGAAUCAGACGCAACGGAGAGGACUGGAAACCCAGCUUUGACCGCUGUGCUAUAUGCUCCUGCAAGGACGGGCAGACGUAUUGCAGGAGGAGACCCUGUGACUGUGGAGACCCAGACGAGGAUCUGUUCUGCUGCCCCGGCUGUGACAACAGGCCCAGCAGCCAGUGUCUGGACCAGAGUGGACGCACACUCUACCGCAGUGGAGCAUCCUGGCUGUAUGGCUGCCAGCAGUGCCGCUGCAUGGAGGGGGAGGUGGACUGCUGGCCUCUGGUUUGCCCUGUGUUGAUGUGCGAGUACACAGCGGUGGUGGAGGGUGAGUGUUGCCCGCGCUGCGUCACAGACCCCUGCCUGGCCGACAACCUGUCGUAUGACAUCCGGCAGACGUGUCAGGACCCCGCAGGCGCCGUCCGCCUCAGUGGAGACACAUGGCAUAUGCCCAACUCACCCUGUACCACCUGCAAGUGUAAGAAUGGGAAUGUCUGCUGCUCAGUGGAUCUCGACUGCCUUCAGAACAACUAACGCUCUCCUCCUCCUGUCCUCCUCUCCGUACUCCUACUCUCCUCCCCUCACUGCGGGACUGCCACGCCCCACUUCUCCAUCUGACGACUCUCCCCUUGGAUUCAUAAAAGAGACUUGCGCACACAUGUGCAUGCCAGCGUGUGCACAGAAAAUACAAACAUGCACUGGACAGACUGGAGUGUUAAGGCUGUUCUUUUACGCCGUAACUCAAACAGUGUGAGCGUGUGUGUGUGGCUCAGGCAGAGACUGAGGCCAUGGUCGCUCUCACCACAGUCACUGUGUUGUGUAUGUGUCUUUGUGUUGUUUCCAUUUCACUAAAUGUCUUGAGGAAAGCUGUUUGGCGUUAACGUCUCAAAGCCCGAACCAGAGACAAGCAGCUGAGUGUAAAGAGGAUUCACAGCUGGACAGAUGUUGAGAAGCUCCAGCUCUCUAUGUUGAAAAAUGUAGACCCACUGUUGCAUCGAGGACGUCAUCAUAAAACAUUUAUUACUGCUGUAACCAAAAGUUAUGCACCCUAAUUUUAUAUUUCGCUCUGUGAAAUAACAUCAUCAGGAUGCAAGGCUGACGUUACUGAAGCAGCAGAUAGUUUGAUGUAGAAAUAACACCCAGGAAUGUAACAAAAAUGACUUUUAAGUGUGAUUAUGUUUCAAACUCAAUACAAACUUUUUUUGAUAGAAGUGACUUCUUUGUUAUUUCGGCAAAUAUUUAUUACAUUCAGCUUUGACAGACACUUCAGCCGAACCUCAAGACGGUUUUCUUUGUCUUUGAUCCAAGUCAACAAUCCCAUAUUUUAUCACUGAUAUUUUUUCAAACAACUGUGUCCCACAUUCAUCCCUGACAGAUACAUAAAACAUUAAAACCAAACAAAGCCACUGUAGAAAGGAAGUGAAGAAAUCUUAGUUAAACUUGGUCUUUACUUUUAGGUUUUUUUAAGGUUCUGUGGCUGAACAUGCAAAUCAAUCAAGGGUGCAUAACUUUCCUUACAUGCCAUGUAAAUAUUUUAUGACAACACAUCACCUGCAUUCCUGUAUCUAAAUACACCUACCUUACCAUAAGUCAGUUGUCUAAUGGAGCAUUUAAAUUGAUAAACUGUUUCCCAGUUGUUCACCAUGAUUUGAAGUGAACCAUCCGAAUUUAACUGUAAACCUGGAUGUUGUCAUACUUGUUUUAGUUUUCACUGGUAUAUUAACGUUUUGUUUAAGGGCAACUUGGAAAUUACUGACUUAAAGGUUCAGUGUGUAGGAUUUAGGGGGAUAUAUGAACAGAAAUGGAAUAUAAAACCAGUUUACAUUACCU